AUGAACGCUCAGCAUUACCAGGAAUGGAUUGCAGACGUACUGCGCGUACUACCGAAGAAAUCGGUGAUCGUACUAGAUCAAGCGCCAGACCACACGAUGCUGGAUCCAGAAUUUCGCAAUCCUACAACGCAAUGGAGAAAGCUCCAGAUAAUUGAAUGGCUGAUAAAGUGUGAGGUAGAAGUUCCGUCGCAUGUUAAGCAUUUCAAAGACCUCAACAGGAAUGAACUGCUCAACUUAGCGAGACCUCACCACUAUUCAAGACAUUAUGUGUUGAACAAAGUUGCGAGAAAAAUGAGAAAUGACGAAGUCAAAAUUCUCUGGCUCCCUGUAGCUUAUUACGAGUAUAACCCCAUCGAAUUAGUAUGGGCAUACGUAAAAAAUUAUGUCGCAAAACGUAAUAAGACUUCUAAAGUCCAUGAUGUUCAUCAGCUAUGCAUCGAAGCUAUGGAUUCUGGUCCGCCAACGCUAUGGCCACGAUGCAUUGAGCACGCAAAGAAAGAGAAAGAUAAGUCUCGUGAGCUUGCAAAGACAAUUUCAGGUAGGAUCGAAUCAAUUGUAGAAGCUGAAAAUACUGAAAGCGAUGGGAACGACACUUCCGAAGAAAGUGAAAAUGACGAUGAAGAACAAGGCAAAGAUUGCGUAAAAAAAAUGACAGAAUGA